AUGGUACCGUACAGUAACGAGAUGCCGGCGCCACCGCCUCUCUCAUGGGACGGCUCGAGGAGCCCUGGUGGGACUCGUCUCACGAGGCAACGCACUCUGACUAGGAUCAUGUCGGCUAUGACUGUUGAUGCCGCAGCGGAGAUCCGUCGAGAGGAAGGAGCUGAUCUUGGGGGGUUCGUGUUGGAGCCGAGAGAGACGCAUCAUUAUCCUCUUCACACUGCUGAGUCUAUUCGGCCGGUUGAGGGAGCUGAAAUCAAUAGAGAGGAUUCGGCAGGAGCAGCAGAGUCCGCGGAUGGGGCUGAGUUGGACAGGAGACGUUCGUUCAGACUGCGGUCGAUGUCGGUUAGAAGUAGCUCGAGUGACUUGGAACACACUUUCCCAGAUCCGCCUUAUUUGAGAUUGAGUAAGUGGUGGAAUCGAAAGAAAAUGGAGAGAGCUGAGAAGAGGCGAUUGAAGAGGAUUCGACAGAGGGAGUUGCGGAAUGCUGGUUUCGAUAAUAAGGCCUCACGAUCGACCACGACUCCGCAUAGUGCUGCUGACCGUGGGGAAGAAUCCACGUCCGUGGUCAGUGAGAGCAACGAUUUAGAAAUCGGCUUGGGAAGAGCGCGUGAGGAAUCACAUAGUCGUGGAACAGCGCCCAAGGUGUCGAGGAACUCUAAGGAGAGCUCAUCUUCCCGAGUGCCAGCUCUGGCGCCUGAUACACCACCAGAUUCGUCUCGUUCGUCUGUUGCGGGUGGUGACUAUUGAGUUCGGCAAAGUCCCCUCGCUCUAGUAUCGCACAGUUGUAAUCAGACUAUAUAAUUGAAGUAUUAUCCGAGAAGUUAAUCUCCGUAUUGUAUGGUGAUGAUGUCGUUCGUACCGUCAGAUUUGGUUCUUACUCUUUUCUUGUUGCCGAGCACUCAGCCGUUGUGCACCAUAAAAAGUGGCUUAAGCAAAUGUAUUUAUCUCUUUUUGUAGUCCGUUGGACCACUACCUAUCUACUGUAUAGUCGACAACCACUGCUACUCAGUGUCGCGAUCGGUAACGCUUCUUGACUAUGCGCAAAGAUGUUGUUGUCGGGACAGUAUGCGAUCAUUGCCGUUCUGUUGUGAAUGAGGGUAAGCAACAGCAUCAGCAUUUCUUGUUACAUAACUAUUUACCAUUUGUUUUACUAUUUCAAUCCG